AUGGACAUUCAAGUUAAUGAAUUCACCUUCAACAAUAUCCUCAUCACCGCGAUCAUCAUCCCCAUCACUGCACAUAAUUGAUGCCAGUGAUAAUUCUACUCAACAAAAUCUGCAAUCACAUUCAAAUGUUCAUGCUUUCCACUUCAUCAAAUGUCCAGUAGUGUAAAUAAAGAUCAGUUAUUUAAUAUAACAAAUGAAAUAGUUUAUUCUUCCAGUCAUCUUAAUCACCAACAGAUACAGUUACAACAACAGCAACUGGUCAAUCAAUAUGUUGCCAGUCAAGUUCUUAAUGAAUUUAUCAUGUUGCCUGGAGAACGGAAAAAUCUUCAAUUAAGUCUUAUCGCUAAACAAAUGGGUCAGAUUACUAUAACCGGUUUAGGAUUUGAAUGGAGUUAUCUAUCAGCUCAUCAAAGUGCUGUUGCAGAUAACAGUCAAUAUCAGACUCUUCAACAUCAUUUGGCUAAUUUAACACCUCAAAAUGGAUCGAUUCCUAAUGCCUACUCAUCAUCAACAACCAAUCCAAUGUUGACCAACUCUCAUAUAUACAACAGUUUAUCAGUCGAUAAAAGUUUUUCAACCAUUGAUACUGUAUCACAGACAAUGAUGGUAAAUUAUAAUUCUAUACCGCUAUCAUCAUCAUUGCCGCCGCCGCCGCCUUCCAAUACUGAUUAUACAACAUCAUCUACUACAAGUCUUUCUACUAUUGGUGAACGUAAUUCUGUGAGAGGUAAAAUUCUAUUCAAUAAAAAUUGUCCUGAUGGUGAUGAUAAUGAUAAUAACAAGCAUAAGCGGUUCACGAAAUUACCGUUAGAUUGGUCAGUGACACAACCAGCUCCUGCUUUAAGAGUAUUUUUCAGUUCAUUUCCAAAUCAACUUUACGAAGGGGAAAUAUGUUCAAUUCAAAUAUCCCUAACUAAUAGUGGUUUAAUCCCAUUGACAAAUUUACGUGUUGCAUCUGUUUGGCCAGGUUUAUUUGCAUUCGGUUCGAUCGAUGCAUCGAUUGGAUCACAUGACUUUAAUCAGUCUUUACAAUCUGUUUCAAUUCAGCCUUUAAAACCUUGGAUUGAUGUUCCGUGUAAUCAGUCUGCUUUGAAUGGCAAAUAUACCCCAACAACUGGUAAUGAAUCAUCGUUUAUACUUAUGCCAGGUAUAACUAUUUCACGGACAAUUUGGUUACGUGGUCCACACUUAAGUUAUCCAUCUUCGCAUAGAAAACGUGAUAAUUCGUGCUCUUAUCGGUAUCCUGUCCAUGCUUCAUCAUCGUCACCAUUAUCGACUGUGUCUUAUACAAGUAGCAAUAGCAGUAGUGGUUAUGGUUCAGGCGUUGUUGCCGGUUCCAGUGUCGCUGCUUCUUACGCUGCUACUACUUACACUUGCCCGCCUCCUCUUCCCCCUCCUCCUCUUAGUACUAGUGCUAUGCUUCUACCGUAUGCACACCAGAAAACUGUACAUGUUGUCUUCCAGUAUGAGUCUGCCAAGGGAUUAACAAGUCAGCUGCCAGCGUCACAGCAACAGCAACCAUUUUCUGGCUGUCGUUAUGUUCGUCACCGUUGUGAAAUGGAAUUAAAGCCAUCUUUACAUUUUGAAGCUAUGGCGAAUUGUUUAAAUUUAACCGAUGUCAGUAAUCUGUUGAUCAGUGUUCAGAUUAAAAAUGUUGUCAAUUCAACAGUGCCUAUGGCCUUUCAGAUCCUGCAGAUUUAUUGUAUCAGCCGCUAUUGGAGUAUAAAACCGAUUGAGUCGAAUUCUGAUAUCGACACCUUUCCCAGUAUACGUACAGGGGAAAUUAUAACCCUUCAUUUCAAGGCUAGCUUCAUGAAAAAUCAUUCACAAAAUGUUGAAGAAACAGAAAAAGAAAAUGGACGAAAAAAUGAUACAACCAUAGGUUCCGUAAAUAAGUUUUUAUCAACUAUUCAUUUCGACCACCAUCAUCAUCAUCAACAACAACAAAUAAGUAUGUUGCAACAACAAAGUAGUGUCUUUUUGCCCAAAUGUGACAAUGAUGUUCAAAAUUCAAGUGUAAAGCAAUCCUUUGCCAAUAGUUAUAACAGUAAACGGACAAUGAUAUCACCAGCUCAAUUGGAGUUCUUCUGUCGAUCUGGCAUAAAUUGGUCCAAUUCACCUAAUGAACUGACUGGAUCAUCUUCCGACGGAGACGAUUGUAUGUCGUCCUUGGAUAUUAAUCUGAUCAUAGUGUGGAAGGGUGUAUCGGAAACCCCAUCGAGUAAUCUUCAUCAUCAACCUAUUUGGGGACAAAGUCAUCUACGAAUCAAUCAACUCAAUUAUUCUGUACAAAUUCCCUAUCAAUGUAAUAAUACCAAUAAUAUAACUGGUUUCGCAACCUAUAGAAGAGAGUAUCAAAAGCACAGGAGACGAAGAACAAGAAGAAGACCACAAAAAGUGGAAAAUCAUCUUAAUAAAGACGAAUCUAACCAACUCCAGUAUACAGAAUCUGAUUUAGCUAACUUAGUAAGAUUUCGGCUUGACUAUCCUAGACAUGUACGCUGCUCAAACGUCUGUGAUGAAAGGGAUACUGUUUUAAAUAAACUUGACGAUGAUGAUAGCAACAAGAAUAACCGGCGUCAUCAUUGUCAGAAUAUUGACAGUAGUAGUUAUACAUACUCUCAAACAUUCAGUCAUACAAAUGGUAUUCGAUCCCCUCUGGAUUUAAAUUUUUCCUGCCAAUCACCUUCAAUCCUUCAUUGUGAACCAAAUCGACUUUCAUUUCGUGAACAGACCAAGAAAUUUAUGGUAACAAUCUCUGUACAAGCUGAAGUGUACAACUCUUCGAAAUGGCCUAUCGUUGUACAGUUGGAUAUGAAUAAUAAUGGUGAUAAUACCAAUAAGCAAUCGAGAUGUGAACCCGUCUCUGCAGGAUCCCCUAUAUCAUCAACCGCAAAUGGGAUAGUUCUGCAACAACAACAACCACAACAGCAAAUUAAUCCAUUCAGGACAUAUCCUUCAUCGUCUCUCCACAUUAGACCAUUAGAUCCUCAUGAUAGUACACCUUAUAUUCCAUCAUUGAUAUGGAUUGGUUUAACUAAACUUGAAUUCCAUCUAAAACCUUAUGAAACCAAGUGUGUAACAUUGAAGGCACUGGCACCACGACCUGGAGUCUACAAUGUGUGCACGGUGACUGUGAAAGCAGCCUUUUUGCUACCCUGUGAUUCUCAUUCCAUUACACAAGUGGAACAUAGCCACUCAUCAUUUAUCACUCAAAAUAUUCUCCCAUUGUCUACUUUUAAAAAUCAUAAUGUGUCAUCUUUGAUUAUUGUAGAAUAACAUUAUCGUUAUAUAUAUGCACACACACACACACACACACAUACCUACUCACGGAUGCCAAAAGUGUCGGUUACCUUUCUUCCACCCUUCUCAUCCUCUUUCUCUGCAAAUGUGCAUACUACUGAUGUUGAGUGUUUUCACCUUCCUUGGUUCGCUGCUGCAGUUGUGCAUAUUUAUAUGAUUGUUGUUGUUCUUGGUGUCCUUGGUGUUAUUAGUUUAGUAUUAGAGAUCGGAAUUGUAAGUAGUAUAAUACUCCAAUCCCUUUGCUUCUUGACUUGUAGUAAGGCUAAAAUCACCCAUGAUGUGGAUCCACACACACAAACACCACCUCUCCACUGAAUUUCUCUUUGGAAAGAAUAUUUCUUCUUGAUCGACAGACGUAGACAAAUAGCUGGACACACUUAUUUCUCUCUAGUUCCGGAUACUUUUUUCUUGUAUGCACCUGUGACGUUUGUGGUAUAAUUUAGAGGGGCGGAGGUGGUGGUGCAGCGAACUAUGUAACCGGCUAGCUGGAUGUACACACUUUCUGGUUGCUUUCGUCCCUUUAUUAUAGCAUGCAUAUUUCGUGAUUAGAUGUCCAGUCCCUUUUCUCUGUCUGCUAUUUAAAUUUGGAGGCUUUUUAUAAGCCUAAUGAAUACCUUGUUACAUAAUGGUUACUUUGUGUGUGUGUGUAUAUGUGUGUUUCUGUAUCUAUCUAGGCUUGAUUCCACCUGGAGUACUGUUAUCACAUACUUUAAAAGUAAUCGGUUUAUUUUCUCAGCGUCUUUCACUCUGUGUUCACACAUGUUCCUAUCCAUCAUCUCUCCCUUCUGGUUGUCUCGGUAACCAUCUCCUACAGUCUGCCUCUUCCUUCACCUUCUCUCUUGGAAGUGGACUCUGCAAAAUGGAUUUAUCUUCGUCUUCAGUAUUUUAACGAUAAAUGAAGUAUGUGUCUUUGCUAUAUUUUACAUUUUCUUGUUCUGUUUGUGUACGUGUCUGUGUGUGUUGGUGUGUUUCUCUACAAAAAGGUCAGUUUUUCAUCCCUGCGACAAAACAACAUGGGGAAAAAACCGAAGCAAAUAAACCCACCAUAAACCAAUGUCGAGACAAUGUUUCUCUGGUGAUUAUAUGAUUUGUAAAGGCAAAAAUAUAGAAAUAUGAAAUAUGUUUUUAAUUGAUG